GCAGCGCGGACGGACGUCGCCAGAAUUGAACUGCGAGGUUGAACGGUCGAUUGUAAAUUCACUCCGCAUGCGUUCAGUAAUCGCUGCUUCGUCAAAAAGAUAAACAAACUGGGGUCACAUAUUCCCGAAAUUACUUUGUAGUCGCUAUUAAUCGUGCUAGCUAUCUGGAGUUGUUAGCCAAGGAUUUACAAAACCACUAAUACGAACUUGUUUAAUACCCCGGAGCACAAGAAGAAAAGAACAUUUUGUGAGUGCAACUGGCCAGCUGCGUACUGGGGUUAUUUGUUGAAGAAUCCCGCCGUCAGGAUUACUGCCGAAAAGAAGGCUGAGGGCUGGAUGUCUGGACCCGCAGAUCAGGGCUGGCGUUCUGAAGUACUGCGAUGGCUGUGAUGUCUGUGUACCUGGAUAUGCGUGUACCUUGACGACCUGCUGAUUCUCUCCCCGCGUCGACCCGAACGCUCAAGAGGCGAAACUUUUUGCGAAUUUCUCAGUCCGGUUCUCUCGGUGACGGCGCAACACUUUUUAUUUUUUUUUUUUAAACCCUUUCCGCGGAGCGUGAGCAAGAGCCGAGAGGAUGCCGAUCCUCAAGCAACUGGUGUCAGGGUCGUCCCAGUCCAAGCGACGAUCCCGGGCCGACCUGACGGCCGAGAUGAUCAGCGCCCCGCUGGGGGACUUCCGGCACACCAUGCACGUGGGGCGUGGCGGCGACGCUUUCGGGGACACCUCCUUCCUCAGCAGCCGCUCCGGGGAGCCCCCCCGGGAAGCCGAGGCGCAGCCCGGCUCGCCGGGGCCCAAACCAGGCCUGCUGUCCCGCACCUUCCGGAGCAGCAAGCGCUCGCAGUCCGUCAACCGGGCCGACAGCAAGCGCGACAACAACAACGCGCUGGCCCCGCCCACGGGCUCGCCCGCCUUCGUUAAGAACGCCGUGUCCCUGCCCCACCUCAACGACGGGGACGAGGGGAGGGGCGGCGCCCGGGUGCCCAAGAGCCUCUCCUCCAGUCCGCUGAAGAAGGGGCCCGAUGCCGACGCCAAGCCUGCCAACGGGGCGGCGGCGGCGGCCGGCGGUACCGCCCGCGACCCGGAGCUGGAUGAGCGGAGCUUCGGGGAGCUGACAGACCUGCCCCCCUCGGCGGGGCCCCGCGGGGGCGGCGGGAUGAAGCAUGCCGAGUCUAUCAUGUCCUUCCACAUCGACCUGGGCCCGUCCAUGCUGGGGGACAUCUUGAGCGUGAUGGACAAGAAGGCGUGGGACGAUGACGACCUGGGCUAUGAGGAGGGCAAGAACAGCGAGGGCCGCGCCUCCCCACCCCUCAGCCCCCCCGGCGAGGGAGACGACGAGGAGGAGGAGGAAGAGGAGGACGACAGCGGGCUGCUCCAGCCGCCUCCCACCCGCCCUCCCCGGGCCACGGAUCCCGGGAACCACACCACCGGGCCCUACACCCUGGAGCCGCGAUCCCGCCACCACCACCACCUGGACAGCUGCUCCGUGUCCAGCGCGGGAUCCGCCGCCCUGGAGGAGAAACCACUCGGCCAGCUGCAGGGGGGGGACUCGGACAGCGCCAAGUUCAGUUCGCCGCAGGGGGAGGACGAGAAAGAUUUCUCCUUCAUGGAUGAGGACGACGACGAGAUUCGAGUGUAAAGGAGGACCCAAAAAAAAGAAAAAAAGAAAAAAGCGAGCGUGGCAGAAGGUUCUAGAAAUGAGCAGCGUUGAGGACUUGUGUAAAGAGAAGCCCCGGCAGGCUCCAAGGGGCCGAAUGGAAACUGUGGCCCUACGGAAGAAUCCGAUUUUAGCCCCCUGAAAUUAAAACGAUUGUUCCAUGAGUUAUAUGUAGCAGUACCGAAUUCCAGUGCUUUCCUCAACAGGAUAGAAGGGAGAGCCUGAUACCAGUAAAGGAACACAAGCCUCAUACUCUACAUAAAACGCUCAUGGGCAGAGUGCCAGCAUCACUGCAGUUCUGGCUCUCCUAGGGCUUGGGUUCACCCACCGGGUUACAUGUCAUAGACUGUUAAAUCUCAGUCCACUCCAGCUGCUUUCUCUGUGUCCUCGGAGCAGCUUUGUGCUGGAACGAAAGGCCGCCUUUCCCAGAAUGCCCCUGUCGUCAUGUUUAAAGGAUUGUCUCAUCGCCUCUCUCACUGUUGGUUUCAUUACUCCCAUGAUUGGAGGGACUGGUAUGUCGCAAAAGCAGCAGUUUUAAGACUUAGCAGAGAGCGUGCGUGACCUACUUCUAUUCUCUUUUGUCUUUUUUUGUAUGUUUUUUUUUUUUUGUUGUUUUUGUAAAACAG